UCAGAGAUGUCCCUUUGGGGACUGGAAAACUGGCUCAUGGGCCUGGCCCCAUCCUUCUCAGCCUUAUGCUCAAUGAGUAGCCUCCACGCUAGGAGACUUGAGCUCAGUAGCUGUUACUUCCUCUGAGAUAAAAGCCUUUACUUAGAACCUCAGUCUCCACCCCCCCAUCUCCCGGAAGACAGGAGGCAAUCCCACUUCACUCUAUAAUCACUUUUCUGCUACUCAACCCAGGCCCUGCAUGGCACUCCUCAAAGCUUGGCCCAAGUCUUCCCUGAACCUGCUGGUGUUUGCUGUCAUGCUCUCAGGGGCUCCAGGGAUUACAUGGAUAGAACCCCCAGAUCUAGUGAUCACUCCUGGGGGGAACCUGUCAGUGAACUGCAGCACAGAUUGUGACCAGCCACAGUUCAUUGGCCUGGAGACCCAACUUGUCAAGACACAAGUAGACAACGGGACCAGAUGGAAAGUAUUCCUACUAAAAAAUAUAACCCAGGAUACCCUGCUCCACUGCUUUGCCAACUGCUUUGGGGAUGCUCAGAUGAUCUACAGUACCACUGUCACUGUGAUUCAGCCACCAGAACCUGUAACUCUUGAGUCCCUGCCUCAAUGGAUUCCUGUGGGCCAGAAUUUCAGCCUUCGAUGCCAAGUCUGGAGUGGGAAACCCAGGAAAAACCUGACAAUGGCACUGCUUCGGGGACCUCAGGAGCUGAGCAGGCAGGCAGUCUCUGAACAAGACCCAGGAAAGGCAGCUGAGGUCACAUUCACAGUCACAGCCAGUCGAGAGGACCACGGGGUCAAUUUCUCCUGUAGAGCAGGCCUGGACCUCCGAGCACAAGGGCUAGGACUCUAUCAGAAGAGCUCAGCCCCCAUGGAGCUCCACACCUUUGCACUGGGUGCCCCUCGACUCUUAGCCCCCAAGCUUCUGGAGGUCGGGAAGAAGGAGACUUUGAGAUGUGACAUUGACAAGCUCUUCCCUGUGGAGAAUGCCCAAAUCCAUCUGUCCCUGGGAGGUAGAAACUUGAAUACUACAGUUAUCCGGGACCAGGACAUGCUCAGGGCCACGGCCAUAGUAGUCAUUGCAGAGGGAGAGAAAGAGGGCCAGUGGGAGCUGACUUGCAAUGUGACCCUGGCGGAUCAGAACCGGCAAGUCCAGGAAAAUCUGACUGUCUACAAAUCCCCCCGGGACCCUGUGCCCAUCGUCAUGGGGGUGCUGCUGGCCCUGGGCCUCGCGGCCAUGGCGGGGGCGAUCGCAACCCUGUGCCUCUGGCAGAAUCUGCGGAAAAGCAGUUACCAACCCCAGACGCUGCCUCUGCAGGAUCGGACGCCAAUGGAGGGACCGGAGAUGGGCCCUUAAAGGCCCGAGCCCGGAAGCCUCGGCCUAGGUCAAUAAAAGCUACUACUGAGACAAC